AUGGUAGACGAGUUCGAGCGCGAGCUGACAACACUAUCCCAUAAACUCACGAAUGAAUCCGAGACGGCGAUUUUCUGGCAGCAGAAACACUCGAGCCUCAACCAAACCUUCCUAAAAACCGAUACAGAAUUACGCUUACUGCGGCAGGAAGUCAGCGGCUUCGAGCAGGUGAAGGAGAGCAGGGAUCGAGAUAUCAAGACACGGAUCUCGAGCCUGAUACUUGAUCGGGAUGCGUUCCGCGAGGCGUACAAUGAGGCGAUGGGCGAGUUGCGGGUCAAGGAGGAGAUGAUUAAGAGUUUACAGGGGCAGGUGAGGGGGCUGAAGAGCUUUGUUAGUACGAGCUCCAAGAUGGAUGAGCAGGUUACGGAUGAGGCAUUUGGAGAACGGAUGCAGAGGCUGGGGAACGGACUUCAGAAUUGGGUUAUUACUAAUUUCAGGAGAGUGAAGAUUGAUACCGACAAGGCCAACGAAGAAACACAGGAACAGCUCCUUCGUCUAGUCCCCACAUAUCAACCUCUAGCCUCAUCAUCAAAAGUACACCUCAUCCAAUCACUAGUAUCAAGACUUUUUCUGGAGCAUAUAUUUGAGGUAUAUUUUAUUGGUCUUCCAGCCGAACACGCAGACGAGCUAUCAAAAGCUGAAAAGUAUCUCAGCUCUUUUGGAUCUUUAGAAAGCAUGAACCAAUGGAGGUCGACAACGUUGGCAAUUCUCCGUAAAGAGGCGCCCCAGAAACUAAAAGCAGAAACAGAAGCGGUGGUAGAAACUGUGGUCAACCAAGUAAACAGUAUUAUGGACUCAAUCGGCGAUAUACAGCACACCGAGGCUCGAGAUCAGCCACUUCGGACUCUUGUCAACGGCGCCAUUGAGCUUUCCAGGUUGUUGAGAGUACAGAAAGCUGUAUUUAGUAUUAUCAUGCCGUCGAUAGAGGGCUAUCAGAGAACAAUGUUCGAUCCAGAUACCAUGGAGGACAUUGGCGGCGAGGAUGAGGAUACGUUGAGCGAGAGGGAGAUCCGCUGCGUAACCUUUCCUGGGAUACUAAAAUUGGGUGAUGAGAACGGGGAAAGGACUCACCUUCGUAAUGUUGUUGCAAAAAUACGAGUGCUUUGUGCACCCGAUUGA